CGGUUGUUAAGCUAAUGCCUAGAGACGAAGGUAGAUACUGCACGGGAUUAAAGGAGACUUGACUUGCCCCUUAUGAGUGGCAGUUUUCCUGUGAGCACAGAGGGGUCUGAGUGAAGGCUGAAAGAUGGUCUGAUGGACCGCCGCUUCUUCCUGACCUUCCUCUUCUGUUCUGUGUCGUGGAUCUUCUUCUGGGAAGUGCGCUGGAAGAAAGGCAAAGAAAGUCAGAUUGAGGAAUGGAUCCAAGGACAUAGCCUUUCUCAAUACAGACACUUAUUUGAAGAUGUACACACACUGGAGGAACUAAGCCUGAGUGUACUGAGUCGUCUGGAAGAGGUGGUGAAGGAACAGCAGCGCUGGAGGGAAAUUGCUGAGGCCCACAUCCAGCUGCUCCGAGACUUUGCCUUCCAGGAGUGGCUUUGUUCCCAGAACCUAGAGCACUAUUACCAUACACUGAAGACUUUGGGUUGUAUGAAUCUCGAUGACCUUUCUCAGUUUGACUAUCAACUGCAGCUCACGUUAGCUGCCUGGGGAUACUACUACGAAGAUUAUAUAAAGCUGUCUACAGGCAUCAAGAUUCUCCAGACGUCCAGGGGGAGUCGUGACCAGGACUACGAGAUCCGGCUGGUGCACAGCCUUGCUGAGAGGCGUCUGAAUGAGAAGUGGUCAAUUGCUGGAGCUCUCAUAUUUGGCUGUACUGUGGCGCUGUGCUUCUUGAUAAGGGACCUCAUGUUUUACGUGAUUGGUGGAAUUACUGUUUCCAUCAUAGCGUUUGUCUUCACAAUCAAGUUCCUCUGUGAGCUUGCGGCAAGGGUGGUCAGCUUCUUGCAGAAUGAGGAUCCAGGGCGACGCGGCGACCGCAGCAUCUACGACUAUGUCCGGGGCAACUACCUGGACCCACGUUCCUGCAAGGUGUCUUGGGAUUGGAAGGAACCGCAGGAAGUGGGGCAGACUAUGAGCUUCAGAGUCCAACUGUUCUAUAAGAAUGGCCAGCCUUUUCCAGCCCACCGGCCCGUGGGAUUGAGGGUCAACAUCACCCACAUUGAACUGGCUCUGGACAUCCCUGUUACACAGGAGGUUUUACAAGAACCAGAGUCUAACGUAGUCAAAGUGGCCUUCACAGUACGCAAGGCCGGACGCUAUGAGGUUGCUGUCAAGCUGGGUGGUCUCAAUGUGGCGUACAGCCCUUACUACAAGAUUUUCCAGCCAGGUACAGUUGUCCCAUCCAAAACCAAGAUAGCCUAUCAUUUCUCUACCCUGGUGUUAACAAAUGGCCAGCAGCAUACUCUACAGAUUGAGCCCAGGGAUGAAUACGGAAACCCCACCAGUAACUCCACAUCUCUCACAGAUGAGGCAAACUACAGUGUCCAUGUGCACUCUCUGGGCACAGUGGAUGAUGACAGUCUGGAAGGGUGUUACAGUAAGUCAGUUUCACUCAACAAGCAGCAGUGCCAGGUUCUGCUGAGACUGACGCUGAGGAGGACUGGCUGUUUCAGGGCCCGCAUCUCCUACAAAGACCAGCCGCUCAGCAACGGGGAAUUUGACAUUAUUGUUCUCAAUGAGAAUGAGAAGGCCUGCGUGGAGAAGAAUGUGUCCACUCCAGGCAUCAGCAUCUACUUUGAAGCGUACCUUUACAGCAAUGGGAACUACAGCAGUUCCUCGUGGCAAUUACCAUCCUCCUCUUUAAUGGCUCCUCAGAGGAGGCCCUCCAUGGGAGAGGAGGACGAUGAGCAUGACUCUCCUGUGGAGGGACAACCUGAGAAAGUCAAGAAACCCAAAAAGGUGUAUUGUUACAUAUCGCCAAAGCAACUAUCCGUGAAGGAGUUCUACCUGAAAAUCAUUCCGUGGCGCCUUUUUACCUUUCGUGUGUGUCCAGGAACGAAGUUUACCUAUCAUGGUCCUGACCCUGUGCAUAAGUACCUAACUUUAGUGGUGGAUGAUGGAAUACAGCCUCCUGUGGAGCUCAGUUGCAAAGACAGGAACAUCAUGGCUGCCACCUUCAUCCGCUUCCUGCACAAAAACAUUGGAGGCUCUGAAACGUUCCAAGACAAGGUGAACUUCUUCCAACGUGAACUCAGGCACAUCCACUCCAAGAGACCUCGCACCAAGACCUGCCUAAAAAUCACUCGACACUCAAUUCUAGAUUCAUCUCUGAAGGCUACAAGGAACUUCUCUGUGUCAGACUGGAGUAAGAACUUUGAGGUGGUGUUUCAGGAUGAGGAAGCUCUGGACUGGGGAGGACCCCGAAGGGAGUGGUUUGAACUGAUUUGCAAGACCCUCUUUGACACCUCCAACCAGCUAUUCACCCGCUUCAGCGACAACAACCAGGGCCUCGUGCACCCAAAUGCUGAACGACCACCCCACUUGCGUCUAAAGAUGUAUGAGUUUGCGGGCCGUGUUGUAGGGAAGUGCCUGUAUGAGUCUGCUCAGGGUGGGUCCUACAAACAGCUGGUCCGAGCUCGCUUUACACGUUCCUUCUUGGCCCAAAUCAUUGGCCUCAGGAUGAACUACAAGUACUUUGAGACGGAUGACCAGGAGUUCUACAAAACUAAAGUCUGCUUCAUCCUAAACAAUGACGUGAGUGAAAUGGACCUGGUGUUUGCCGAGGAGAAGUACAGCAAGUCAGGACAGCUGGAGAAGGUGGUGGAGCUGAUAUCAGGGGGAGCACAGAUCGCUGUUACCAAUGAAAACAAGAUGCAUUAUCUCAACCUGCUGGCCCAGUACAGGCUGGCUAGUCAGGUGAGAGAUGAGGUGGAACAUUUCCUGAAAGGUUUGAACGAACUGGUUCCAGAAAACCUGUUAGCCAUAUUCGAUGAGAACGAGUUGGAGCUGCUGAUGUGUGGUACUGGUGAUAUAAACGUGCAGGACUUCAAGGCCCACGCUGUGAUUGUUGGAGGAUCGUGGCACUUCAGAGAGAAAGUGAUGAAGUGGUUCUGGGCAGUGGUGUCCAGCUUCACCCAGGAAGAGUUGGCUCGUUUGCUUCAGUUCACCACUGGAUCUUCCCAGCUCCCCCCCGGAGGUUUCAACACCCUCUGCCCCUCAUUCCAGAUCAUCGCUGCUCCCACACACAGCACCUUGCCCACCGCACACACCUGUUUUAACCAGCUGUGCCUCCCUACCUAUGACUCCUAUGAGGAGCUACACAAGAUGCUGAAGCUGGCCAUCAGCGAGGGCAGCGAGGGUUUCGGCAUGCUCUGACUCCUCCAUCACCAGCACUGUGUUUCCACUUGUACCAGUCCAGACCAGCACUGCCCACUGCACUGGUUCCCUGCAUUCAUCUGCAUUUACCAGAUGGGCUUCUUGGUAGAGAAAAUACCCAGACUCCCUCUAAGUACUCUGUCAGGAUGAGAGGGUGUUACAGGAAGUCCCAGACAGCCGUGCUGGAAUCGGGACUCAUCAUAUGAACAGUUGUGCUACUGUAUGUACAUAAAAUAUCUCAUUUUGUAAAAAAAAAAAAAAAAAAAAAAAAAAAAAGGAAACCACAAACUACUGAAAAAGUUGAGCUUUUGGCUAAUUUUAUUUCUUAAUGCUGAAGUUUGCUUAGUUUUAUAUGUUAGAAAGACAAAUGGCACUAGAGCAAAGGCCUUGAGUAUUACUGUAUAAACUGCUUCUUUUGCAUUUUGCAAACUGAGGAACACUUAAGUGCAACAGCAGCCUACGUGUGAUGUGGGUGACGUGUGCAUCAACAGCACUUUGGCCUUAAUCGAUCAGGGACUGAUGUGUGUAUGUAAAUAUAUAAUAUCACUCUUUUAUUUCAAUACUUGUACAUAGUAGUGUGUAUACAUAGGUUUUCAUCUUAUUACCUUUUUUUUUUUUUUGGAUUUGACAUCUAAGAAGAAGGGAUCUGAUUUCUUUAUUGAUGCACGUUUUCUGGGUGGAGAGUUUAUAUAAUUUCUAUAAACUUUUUUUCUGUCAGAGAUGAAUGGGUUUUAAAAGAAGCCAAGUAAUUUCUAUUGUUUAUACAUGUUUUUAACUUAUUGUGUCUUGAAGAAAAAAAACAAUUGUGUUGACCCAAUGAAAAUAUGUUUGUCCGGAGCAGUAAAUGUUUUUGUUAUGUU